AUGGCUCGAGGAGGCCGUCGUCGUCAAACUUUAGCGCAGGGUCUGGAUAAAGAGGUGUACACAGUCGUUCGCAAAAUCCUCGACGACCGGGCGCAAUACGGAGACACUCAAAGCACCUCCCUGUCUUUCGCCGGUGUAUAUGAUGAGAUUCGAACGUCCAAUUCAAGUCUAAAUCGAAGACCUAAAAAGUUGCUGGAGGACAGUAUCCGGCGAGUGCUUGAGAUCAUUCAAGGGGAUCAGGAAUCCGAUUUCGAAGAUUUUGUGGCUAUUGAGGAAAAGGAGGAAGAGGAGCGGCAAAUACACAAACCUGUGUCGAAUAAAUUGAACAAGAGCAUCGUCAGUGCCUGGUCAACUUCAACAACCGUGCCACCUGCAUCUGCGCCUAAACCAGCAUCGACGCCCAACAUGGAAUCCCCUCAAGUCUCGACUUCACAACGUCUCACGAAUGGCGAACCCCGCCCCAAGAAGCGCAGGGCUGGUAAUGUUUCAAUUGACAGAUCUCCACCGACACACGUAUCUUUGGAGUCCCUAGGGGGUGUUACCCCCGUUAUCCAAGAGUUGAGACGAUUGCUCGUCAUUCCCAUGAGCAAGCCAGAGAUCUACGCCUCCAACAAGGUCCAACCGCCGCGGGGCAUCCUGUUGCAUGGACCCCCAGGCUGUGGCAAGACGAUGAUAGCCAACGCCUUGGCCGCAGAGCUGGGAGUCAACUUCAUUUCCGUCUCCGCCACCAGUAUCGUGUCUGGCAUGUCAGGCGAGAGCGAGAAGGCUCUUAGGGACCUAUUCGACGAGGCAAAAAGUUGUGCGCCUUGCCUGCUGUUCAUCGACGAGAUUGACGCCAUCGCUCAAAAGCGCGAAACUGCACAGCGGGAGAUGGAGAAACGGAUCGUCGCACAGCUGUCUGUGUGCAUGGACGAUCUCACGAUAGAGAAGACGGACGGCAAACCGGUGGUUGUCCUUGCCGCGACGAACCGACUGGAGACUCUCGAUGCAGCACUGCGAAGAGGGGGCCGCUUUGACAAGGAAAUCAACAUGAGAGUACCCACCGAGCCUGAUCGUGCGAGGAUCCUGGCAGCGUUGACCAAGGGCAUGAAGAUGGCCGACAAUGUUGACCUGGACGUUCUCGCAAAGCGUACCCCGGGAUUCGUCGGUGCUGACCUAAACGACCUCGUGUUGACAGCGUCCGCAACGGCGAUGGAACGCUAUCUAGACGUCCUGCAGGCCAACUCGGACAAGUAUAUAAUGGACGUUGACGGCGACCAGCACCUCGACAAGCACCCAGACGCGGAAAGCAUCAAAUCCCUCCGCCGGCUUGUGAAAUACAUCAAAAGCCAGUCCCCAUCGUCAGAGGCCGAGGAAUCAUCGCUCCUCGUCACCUUUGAGGACUUUCUUACCGCCCUCCCGAAGAUCCAACCUUCCGCUUUGAGAGAAGGGUUUGCCACGAUCCCUUCGACGACGUUUGCCUCCAUCGGCGCACUUGACGACCACAUCAGAGAGCUGACCGAGACGGUGAUUUCUCCCAUCCGCGACCCGGCCGUGUACACCAAGUUGGGCCUUCCAGCAUGGUCGGGGACCCUUCUCUGGGGACCACCGGGUUGCGGAAAAACCCUUUUAGCCAAGGCGUGCGCGAACGCAAGCCACGCAAACUUCAUCAGCGUCAAGGGCCCCGAGCUCUUGAACAAAUACCUCGGCGAAUCCGAGCGCGCCGUCAGGCAGGUCUUCACGCGCGCGCGCUCCAGCGUCCCCGUCAUCGUCUUCUUCGAUGAACUGGACGCGCUCGUGCCCACGCGCGAUGGAGGCGUGGGAGGCGGGUCGGAGGCCUCCGCCCGCGUCGUCAACACCUUACUCGCCGAACUCGACGGCGUCGGCCACUCGCGCGAGGGCAUCUACUUCAUCGCGGCUACCAACCGGCCUGACAUCAUCGAUCCCGCCAUGCUUCGACCGGGUAGACUGGACAUGUUUCUGUACGUGGGUCUGCCGGAUGCCGAGGGGAGAGUCGAGAUCCUGAGGACUCUGUGCAGAAAAGUAAGUGACUUGGUGUUUGACGAGUCAGUGGCCACUAUUGCCAGAGAAUGUGACGGGUUCAGCGGUGCCGAUUUGGAAUCUUUGUUACGGAGAGCUGGGCUCGCCGCCGUGCGCCGUAUCAAAUCGUCCGGAGGGCCCGACACGAUAAUCACACAGGAUUUUCUGCAUGCAAAAACCGAAGUAAGACGCAGUGUCGGCGUAGAAGAUAUAACGCGGUUUGAAGCACUGCGCAAGAAUUGGCGCAAAUAG